AUGGAUGAAACAUUGGAGAUUCUUGCAGCUGCCAAGAAAACCGCUGAUUCUGCAAACAUAAAGGGUAUUCUUCGUGGUAAAUCUGACAUUUCCAGAUGUGUUGAUUGUUUGAAGAAGCUUGAAACCUGUCCCUUCAAUGCUGAAAUCAUCAACACCCACAACAUCUACAAGACGCUUCAAAAUCUCUGCAAGCACAAGAGCAGAAAGAUCUGCUCUGCAGCUUCCCGGCUUAUCAAUUUGCGCCCUGCACCUCCUGCUCAGCCUAGUUCUCACAAUGUUUCAAACUCGCCCCCUCUUCAACCCUCAUCUCUGAAGAUGGAAGAGUCAACCAAAGCUUCGAACAAAGGGCUCAUCAUUCGUCUCAAGAUGCCAUUGCAAACUCCUGUUCAACCUUCAUCUCAGAAAGUGGAAGAUGCACCAAGAAAAAAAGUCAGGGCCAUGCUUGAAGAAGCCUUCUCAAAGGUAGCAUCAGAAUCUAGGGGAAAGAUUGGAAAGAAUAUGUGUUUGAGGGAUCCUGUUGAGGUUGCUGCAAUGUUGGAGUCUGAGAUGUUUACUCAGAUGGGUACUUGCCUUGGUAAUCAAAAGAUGAAGUACAGGUCCAUUCUGUUCAACCUGAGGGAUGCAAAAAAUCCAGACUUGAGGAGAAAGGUUCUUUGUGGAGAUAUCAAACCUGCUGAGCUGAUCAAGAUGAAAAGUGAGCAGAUGGCAAGCAAUCAACUUAAGCUUGAGAUGAGUGAGAUAAGAAACAGGGCUGCACUUAGGGAAGAGUCUUUGAUAUGUCAACUUAGGUAUCAAGAGAGAAUAUAA